CGUCUGUUCUAAGCAAAUAAAAUAAAAAAAAAUCAGAAACAAGCCUAUAAAUAGCAUCAUUGUCUAGUGGCAAAUUCAUCCUCAGCUUUCUCACAAGUCUUAUAGAAUCAUAGACAUUUAUAACUGAGAAAUGGCAAAGAUUUCAAGAAUUGCUUGCCUUGUGAUGGUGUUUGGAAUGGCGAUUAACUUGAUGGUGGAACGAGGGGAGGCCCUGAGCUGCGGAGAUUUGGGUGCAUCGAUUUCACAGUGUAGCCCAUAUGCGACAGGUGCAGUGGGUCAGCCAUCUCCUGGAUGUUGCAGCGCGGUGAAAGGAGUAUAUGCAAUGGCUAAAACCACACAAGAUAGGAAAGUAUUGUGCAACUGUCUUAAGCAAUCUUCUUCUGCAGUCCGCGGUGUCCAGCUUUCUAAUGUUGCUGCUAUCCCUCAGAAAUGUGGCGUUCCGGUCUCCUUCUCUCCUGAUCCUUACUUCAACUGCAAUUCCAUAAACUAAAGGAAGCUUGACUUUUAUCACGCACAAGCAGGGCGGGUUGAAGGCCAUUUAUGUAAUUUAUUUAUAUCUGUCCUUGAGUUCUUGUACCCUGUUUGUCAUGUGAUGAUAUGAAUAUGAAAUAAAUGAAAAAAUUCCUCUUAUUUGAUAUA